GCGCUGAUCUCGCGAGAGCGAUAGGGGGCGGCCGCGCAGUCCAUGCAGGAUGUGGUUCCUGGUUGCGUUUCUCCUGGUGAGCGUCGCAGCGCCGGAAGUCCGGUCGCCCGUUGUAAAUGCCCUGGACUUAGAAGCGUCAGCCGCCGGAAAUAUGACCAACACUUCCAAGAAAGAAGAGACUUCUGCAGAAAGACACUCAGACAGCCACACCACGGAACCUCCGUCUAAGGAGGAACAUUCCAGCACACCCUAUCUGCGUCCGGCAUCCACGAACGGCACUUCUGACAGUCCGGAUCUGGAACAGACAUCCCAGAAAGUCGACCCUGACAGGCCGGUUUCGGAACACGCGACCCUGAAAGACCCUACUGAUAACGAGCAGUCCUCCAUAUCUGACCCGAACGCAGUACCUGACAAAGGAGACGAUCAGCAUGCUUCUAGGACAGAAUCUGGGGAGAAAGUGUCAACAGACUCUGAGCCCGCUUCUCCCCAGCAGAAAGGAGAAGAUAAGUCUUCAGAUCUUGCUGAAGAUGUGGAGCCCAAGGAGGCUGAAGAAGAUGAUGCAGAGCCCAAGGAGGCUGAAGAAGAUGAUGCAGAGCCGAAAGAGGAGUCCCCACCCAAAGAAGGGGUGUCAGGCCAGGCCUCCAGUGAGAACCGUGAAGGUCCACCUUUGGGUUCUAUGAGUAGUGAGAAGGAUGACCUUUUUAAGGACAAUCCUGGAAGUGCCAGUGCAGAGAGCAGCCACUUCUUUGCAUAUCUGGUGACUGCAGCCACUCUUGUUGCGGUCCUCUAUGUUGCCUAUCACAACAAGCGAAAGAUUAUUGCUUUUGUCCUGGAAGGAAAAAGAUCCAAAGUCACUCGGCGGCCAAAGGCCAGUGACUACCAGCGUUUGGACCAGAAGAUUUGAUUUUUUUUUUUUCCUGGAGAACCUUGUCCUCCCUGCUGAUUUGUUUGUAAAAUCAAGAGAAAUGAAGAGAAAAGUACUGUGACCUAAGAGACACCUCCUCCUCUGGGAUGUGGUGACAAGUCAGGGCUGGCGGAGGUGGGGGAAUUGCUUGGGUUUUUGCACCUGCACUUUGGUGACGUUGUGCUCAUGUGUUCUCUUUAUUUAUCCUUUACCCCUCUGAGUGUGAGUGGAGGGGGCAGAUGGGAACUCAGCUGUGACCAAAGGGAGACCCCAGCCCUAGGCAGGCGACUGCUGUUGACCACCUACCCUUGGGCCUUGGCUCUGUAGUAGAGGUUCCCCUUGACAAUAGCAUUGUGCUCGCUGCUAUUUCUCUUUGCAGACCCAGGAGCAAACUCUGCAGGUUCAGAUACUUCUUGACCAAGGACUGUUACUUGGGGGAUGUUCCCUUCAAAAGACGUAGAAGAUGAUGAAUGCUGAUGGGCAAAGGGCUUCUUUGAACACAUAAUUCUCUUCAAAGGCUUUAGCAGCUAACCAGAACAGCAAGUUGAAAAAGUGCUUUACUACCUGCUAAUCCAACCUGUGUAGCAUAAGUUCUUCACAUUUUUCUGAUAUUUUCAUAUAAUUUAGGACAAAAUGAAUCAAUUUCUGUUUGGUAGUACCAAGAAAGAAGCUAAACUUGGUGUUUCUGGGCGUAAAGCUGUGAAACCCUGUUCCCAUUGUAGAUUUUUUAAGUGUGGUUAUGAUUGUUGAUACAUCAACAUCAUCUUCCAUGCUUGCAGUCUUACUCAGUAGGGACUUUUUUAGGUAGGGCAAGUUCAUGCUUCAUGCAGGAAAACAAUGUAGAAGAGUUUUGGUUUAUGUCUACAUUUUCUUAAAGGGCUUUUGUGAAACAGGUUUCCCACAAACAAACUCCGUUUGCCUUUGUCACCUAAAGUAAAAACAAAACAACAAACUGAAUUCCGUGACCAUUUUCCCAUCAUCAGAUUGUCUUCUCAUCUGAUAUAAAAUGCCAAGGGUGAUUAGUAAAAUUCUUCCAUCUCAUGUCAGGGGACGUUAAAAUUUAAGAAAUUCCCUGGGCUUCCCCUGGGGUAGUGAGGGUAGUGUCUUGGACUGCGCUGUUUUUGAAGUUUUGUUUGAAUCUGUUCUAGUCUUGCUCCCCCAUUAUACAGAGCCUAAAGAGAGUUCUUUCUGCAAAGGAAAAACUGAAGUAGAAUAGCUAAUCUCAGGGAAAUGCAAAGAAUGUGGGAAGUAAGGGGAAAAUGAUGAACUCUGUUGAGGAAGUCAGUCUGAAGAAGGGACCACCCUAUUUGUCCUGUUAGCUUCCACCUUGCUUAAAAUGGCCCGUGGCCUUGAGUUGAAACUUUCAUUCCUGGCUGGUAACCUACUUCAUGAAGAUAAGGAAUGAACGAAUACUCCUCUGGGCAUCAUCUCUCUGUUUGUACACCAGUCUUACAAUACUUUCCUCCAAGCUGAAGAGUUGUCUACCAAGAUCUUCUAGCAUUCCGUAAGACCUUGGUUAUUUUAUUCCCCUUUCUCUCUCCCUUCCCCUACUCCUCUGCCUUCCCUUCUCUUCUCUCAUUUUCUAUGUGUGCCUAUCUAUACUAGCACCUUUCUUUCUUUCUUUCUUCAUGCAUG